GACUCACGCACGACGGUAAUUUCCACGAGCAUAGCUGCCAAAAGUUCAACAUCAGAUCAAAUUAACAAUAAUAAAUCUUCUGUUAUCUCGACACUUUCCUCAAACUGCUCUUUGGAGGCCGGGCCAGCGGACCAAGCCAUUAUUUUUGAGCCGGAUCUUCUUGAGUCCUUCAAUGGCGGCGAGGAUAGUGACAGCAUUACCAGUAGCUCUGGUAGCAUAGGGAGUGAUGGCAAGUUUAGUGGAAGAAGAAUAGGCGACGAGCCAGCUGUAUUGCCUGAUAAAGGCGAUUCCGUUGACAGAAGUCUCCGCUUAGACGAGAACGGAGGCCUUGGAGCAGGCGCCACUUUAGCUAUGCUCUCGCUGCAGGAGCGCUACAAUUUACCAACAGCCUGUCUAGCUUCGGAUGAGCCCCCUAGUCCCUCUAUCCUGCCAGUCAGUAUCAAUAGAACUCAAUCAGUCUCCUCCACUUUGUCCCAGCCCACUUCACUCGUUGCUACGCCUGUUACUGUUACCUCCAGUUGGCAGGUUCCGUUAUCUAUUCCUUCAAUACAGACUGGGCCACAGUCUCAGGUUACGGAGAAGGCACACACAUUCAGAGUGCACACAUUCCGUGGACCACAUUGGUGCGACUUUUGUACUCACUUCAUUUGGGGUUUGGUGGCACAGGGAGUCAAGUGCUCUGAUUGUGGCUUCCAGGCCCACAAGCGUUGUUCGGAUCGCGUGCCACAUGAUUGUCUACCGGACCUGAAGCGUGUGAAGCAGCGUGUUUUUGGCGUCGAGUUGACCAGCCUGCUAACUGCAGAAAACCGGUACGCCCUUCAAAAGUCAUGCUGUCUGAAUUGCCUUUUUGGUCUUUUAGCUCGGGCCCAUUUUUAUAUUGCAACGGAGCCAGUGAAGUCAUUUAUCCAUGCACAGUUCAAAUCAUGGAAGUAG